AAGCCGGCGUGACGGAUCGCUCUCUGCUUUCCAUCUGCUGAGCUCCAAGCACAGCUCUCACACGGCGCGCCAGACGCAAACCUGCGCAGCUUGCAUGGGCCAAAAAUAGACGAUCUUCUUGCUCCUCUGUUUGUCGGGCGAGUGUUUCAAUUCUGUGUCUGUGGGGCGAUGACAAGCCCCUAUUCCCCAAGCCCCCUUGUCCAGUGGUAAGGACCCCGUUCCGAGGAUGAUAGCCCAGAGGAGAGGUGUGUUGUGCCGGCUGAGCGCCGCGGUGUUGCCCGGAGCCGUGCUGUGCGCUUUGCUGAUGACAGUCCGCGGCAGUUCAGCUGUGGACAGCUGUCCCCGCAGUCUGGACUGCACCAUGCAGCGCCGGCAGUUCUGCCAGCCCGGCUCGAGGGAGUGUGGCCCCUGCAUCGCCCCGCUGGUCGAGGACGAACACAAGAACUGCGUGGUGAUGAAGCACAGCCUGCAUGCCGGGAAAAUAACGACUGUUCCCAGUGUGGAUGAGGAGAUCGACUACCUGGCCUCUGUCAUUGCCAAGCAGAGACACCAGCAGAUAGAACUCAAACAAGAGGACAACCCGCCUACUGUGAUUGCGAAUGCGCUGGAAACCAGCAGGAAGGAGGAGAUCCCAGUCCAAGUGAAUGCAGAUGUCCAGUCUGCUACUGGGGAGGCCAACGCUAGCCAAAGCCCCACCACAGCGGCAAACCCCCCCACCAAACCGACCGCGCGACAGGGGCCUGUGACAUCACCCUACCCUGGCAACGAUGCCCUGCUACUCACCAUGAUUGUCGUGUGCACUGUGGUCGGAACAGCAGCUCUGAUAGUAGCUGGCGUGUGUUGGGUCAGGUUACAGAAGGAGAUGCGUUUAGCACAGAAGGUUGACUACCCUGCGUUCAGAGUGAUGGGCCCCAGCGCAUUCGAAGGCACUUCGCCCGGUGACAAGAAGCUGGCACAGAGCGCUCAGAUGUACCAUUACCAGCAUCAGAAGCAACAGAUGCUGUCCAUGGAGAAACACAAAGAGGAGCCCAAAGAGCCACACUCCGGCGCCACGUCAGACGAGGAGAAUGAAGACGGGGACUUCACUGUGUACGAGUGUCCUGGACUGGCCCCGACUGGAGAAAUGGAAGUAAAGAACCCCUUGUUUGAUGAUUCCUCUCUCCACCCCCAAAAGAACCACCAGUAACCCCGAAACCUGCCCCUCUUUCCAAAGCCACCCCCCUGAACCCCCCCCCCCCCCCCCCCCCCCCCAGCCCCUUGCUUUGGACU